GUCAAGGGGCACCUUUUCCUAGGGGGAAGGGCUCCAAGUAAUGCUCUCUUCUCCAUUUUCUUACGUAUUGAUAUAGAAUCCUGGGGAAUUGUUUCCAGAAAAAGAGCUAAGACCCACUCAAGCAGUGAUAUCAAAGAUUUGGACAGUUUCCCAAAUCUCUCCAUUGCUUCUUUAGCUUAACUUUAGAGAAUUGAGAAAGAGGAAGAUCAAUUCAGGGACUGUAAGUAACAUGAUUUUUUCCAAAAGUAUAUUGGAUUCAUUUUUUUUUCUUUAUUUGGCACCUUCUAGAGACUGAUCUAUGACUUUUUUGGAAGAUCACAGGGUAAAUUUCUUAGCAGUCCUCUGUCUUAGUGCUUAUACUAAGAGGUACCAAAGGUGCCCCUGCUGAUAAGCCCUCAGGGCCAUUUCUAAGCUUCUGGUUGUUACCAGAAAACUGGGUUCAUCUCUUGGUGGGUGGCAAGACAAAAGACACAACCAAGCCAAAGAUCAGAAGAAGAAAGGGUCUACUACUUGCAGCAAGGAGAAUACCAGGAUCUUCCCAAAGCGGUGUCCUGAACAGCAAAAUUGAAGCCCUUUUAAGCUAAGGUUUUGUAGGGUCAGCUUUUGAAAUACUUCAAUCAUGACGAAAAGAGAAGCAGAGGAGCUGAUAGAAAUUGAGAUUGAUGGAACAGAGAAACCAGAGUGCACAGAAGAAAGCAUUGUUGAACAAACCUACACUCCAGCUGAAUGUGUAAGCCAGGCCAUAGACAUCAAUGAACCAAUAGGCAAUUUAAAGAAACUACUAGAACCAAGACUGCAGUGUUCUUUGGAUGCUCAUGAAAUUUGCCUGCAAGAUAUCCAGCUGGAUCCAGAACGAAGUUUAUUUGACCAAGGAGUAAAGACAGACGGAACUGUACAGCUUAGUGUACAGGUAAUUUCUUACCAAGGAAUUGAACCAAAGCUAAACAUCCUGGAAAUUGUUAAACCUGCGGAAACAGUUGAAGUAGUUAUUGAUCCAGAUGCCCACCACGCGGAAGCGGAAGCACAUCUUGUCGAGGAAGCUCAAGUGAUAACGCUCGAUGGCACGAAACACAUUACAACCAUUUCAGAUGAAACCUCGGAACAAGUGACCAGAUGGGCUGCUGCUCUGGAAGGUUACAGGAAAGAGCAAGAACGUCUUGGGAUACCCUAUGAUCCCAUACAGUGGUCCACAGACCAAGUCCUGCAUUGGGUUGUUUGGGUAAUGAAGGAAUUCAGCAUGACCGAUAUAGACCUCACUACGCUGAAUAUUUCCGGAAGAGAACUCUGUAGUCUCAACCAAGAAGAUUUUUUUCAGCGGGUUCCUCGGGGAGAAAUUCUCUGGAGUCAUCUGGAACUUCUUCGAAAAUAUGUAUUGGCAAGCCAAGAACAACAGAUGAAUGAAAUAGUUACAAUUGAUCAACCUGUGCAAAUUAUUCCAGCAUCAGUGCAGUCUGCUACACCAACAGCCAUUAAAGCUAUAAAUAGUAGUGCAAAGGCAGCUAAAGUACAAAGAGCUCCAAGGAUUUCAGGAGAAGAUAGAAGUUCACCUGGGAACAGAACAGGAAACAACGGCCAAAUCCAACUGUGGCAGUUUUUGCUAGAACUACUUACUGACAAGGAUGCUCGAGACUGCAUUUCUUGGGUUGGUGAUGAAGGAGAAUUUAAGCUAAAUCAGCCCGAACUGGUUGCACAAAAAUGGGGACAACGUAAAAAUAAACCUACAAUGAACUAUGAGAAACUUAGUCGUGCAUUAAGGUAUUAUUAUGAUGGGGACAUGAUUUGUAAAGUUCAAGGCAAGAGAUUUGUAUACAAGUUUGUCUGUGACUUGAAGACUCUUAUUGGAUACAGUGCAGCAGAGUUGAACCGUUUGGUCACAGAAUGUGAACAGAAGAAACUUGCAAAGAUGCAACUCCAUGGAAUUGCCCAGCCAGUCACAGCAGUAGCCCUGGCUACUGCGUCUCUGCAAACAGAAAAGGAUAAUUGAGCCCAGGACCUUUUGGGAGUCCAAGGUCUUUCUUAAAUGUUAGAGCAAGUAUUGCUCUUACCUUUAUUACUGAAUUUGAAUCUUCUUUUAUUUCUAGACUGUACAAUCUGUUGCAUGAUUUUUUUAUAAAUAUUUCAUACUCUUGUGAAUUUGGAUCUUUUUACUUUGAGCAUAUAUUUUAGAAAAUAUGUAUGUUAAACGAUCACCACAAUGUCUUUAGGCAGGUUCAUUGUGGGAUAGUUUGUUAACAGUCAAGAAAGCUAAACUGGUCAGUAUUAAUGUCUAGCCCAUCCAAAAAUAGCCAGUAGCUAUUGAUGAAAAAUAAAUGAAAGUAUCUCCAGGAAACAGUCUGGCUUAACUAUUUUUGAAAAUAUAACUGUUUCCCCUCUCUGCUGCUUUAGAUGUUGCUUUACAUAGAACCAGAAAAUGGAAUUUUUCACAGCUGAAGCAUGUAUGCCUGUUUCAUCUAAUCAAGCAGAGCUAAAAUAGUCAUAUCAAAUAAAAUUAUAAUAUUGAUAAAUUACUGAACUAAGAACAUCACGUUAUUAAAGUAAUUUAUAUAUUUGCAAGCAAAGGACAGUAAAAAGACUGGCAGAGGAACAGUGCUGAAGAAAGAGAUCCAGGUUUAAAUCUGGCUUUACUCAAGCCAAUUUUAAGAAUUUACUGUAUAGCUAUUUCAUAAUGUCAGGCCAAGAGUUUUAAGUUAUUAUAAGAGAGGCAUUAAAUUCUAAUAAACCAACUAUUACAAAAAUUCUCAAAUGAUCUCUGCUUUCCCUAUCAGAGAUUUAAAAAACUGAAAAAGUAUACCUCAACCCGAAAAUAAAAGUUUGGUUUAGUUUG